AUGAGUCUGGAGAUUAAUGAGGUGAUUGGUGUUCAAUUUCCAAAAAUUCAGGAGCCUUCUCAGGAUAGAAGAGGAGAAGAAAAACUUACAGCUAGAAUGAGAGAGGAGCUGAAUGAGGUAGUUCAAGAUCAAUCUCCACAAAAUCAAGCACAAUCUCAGGCAAAUUUAAAUGAGGCUGGACCGAGCAGAAGAAGAAGUUCAGUAAAUACAGUACGUCGCGGGACUCCUCCACCAAAUGACACAAUUUGGGAAGAUACUGUCUCAAAUAUUGCUUCUAUUGACUUUAGAUCUCCAGAGAAAGGCCCGACAUUUGAAGUUCAUGAAAAUACCACGUGCGAGGAAGUAUUUGACUAUUUAUUUACCACAGAGAUGAUAGAGUAUUUGGUUGAACGAACAAAUUCCUAUGAAGCUGCUCUUACCAAAACAAAUAGGCCACAUACACGUCAUGCACGCAAUGCUGCCUUUCGAGCAACAAAUCCUGAAGAGAUGAAAAAAUUUUUAGGUCUUACUUUAUUAAAUGGUCACAUUCGUGUUCCACAACAAAGGAGACUUUUUUACAUAUGA